UACGGAUAAAUACAGUUCUUUCUUUGAAAAGCCAUAUAGAUUUUCUAUGAAAAUAUCUGGCAUCUCUGUCUGUGUUUGUUUCUUCGUCAAUGCUGCCAAGUGUACCGAUUUAUCGGUAUUUGUACCGAUUUUUGGCCUCGAUACAGUAAUACAGGCAUGCUCUCUUAAAAACCCAAUAUUUCGUUUUUCGCACAGAUAAAUACCGAUUUUCAAUUUUUGUGUUUUGUUGCAUAUAGUUGAACCAUGUUGAUGUACAGACGUCUUUUUCCGCCAAAGAUAUUAAAAAAAAGACUUGGCAGCUCUGUUCUUCGCGAAUGAUGUUUUCCACUUCCAAAUAAUCAAUAUCAAAUAAUAAUCAUUCUUUAUGUACCCAUCCAUGUAAAUUUGACUAAAUUGUAGUUCAUAUAGAGAUCUCUACGGAACACGAUCACAUUUUGGAAACCAAUGCAAUAGAUAGUUGUAAAAUCACAUUUCGAACGCCGACGUAAAUAAUCCCUAUGCCUUUGUAUAUUUUUAUUGAUGGAUUAUGGUGAGUAAACUUCGGCAGGUGCAUCCUUUGGCUCUGUUAAGACGGUACCGGCUAUAACUUUUAAACAAUCUAUAAGGUGACGAAAUCGAGAUUUCGCUGUUAAGAACUAGCACCUAGAUAUGACCGAUCUCAUGACGAUUGAUCAAAAACCAUCCGAACUCGAACCAGCUAAUGAUCGGACAUUCGUUUGUGACAUAUGCGGCAGUGGUGAAAUUACUAACUUAAAUCAACAUUUACGGAUUCAUAUGGCAGAGAAACCAUUUAAAUGUGAUAUCUGUGGCAAAAACUUUGCCAAGAAAUACGGUCUCAAGAUACACAUACGUUUACAUACAGGUGAAAAACCAUACAAAUGUGAUCUUUGUAGCGAAGCAUUUCUAAGAAAUUAUGAACUCACAUAUCACAAACGUAAUCACACUAAUGAAAAACCGCACGAAUGUGAAGAAUGUGGCAAACGAUUCGUGCAACCCUAUCAUCUUACUUUACAUAGACGAUAUCACAUGGAACCAGAAUAUGAAUGUGAAUUCUGUAACAAACGGUGUGUGACAAGUAGUAACCUGGCAACUCAUAGACUCAUCCACACUAAAGAACGUCCGUACAAAUGUGACUUCUGUGAUAAAAAAUUUAAAUCAUCUAACAACCUGAGGCUUCACCUGAGGAUUCACACAGAAGUGAAACGUAAACAAUACAAAUGGCACAAAUGUGAUAUUUGUGACAAGCUUCUACGUAACGCUACCAAUCUAAAGAUACACUUGCGAACUCACACCGGCGAGAAACCCUACAAAUGUGACAUUUGCGGCAAAUCAUUCACAACCAAGCCUGCAAUGAAGAACCAUUGUGUGACCCACACCGGCGAACGGCUUCACCAAUGUCAGAUUUGUGACAAAGAAUUUUUCACCAGUAAAAGGAAGAGGGAACACAUGCGUAUUCAUUUGGAAGAACGGUCACACGAAUGUGAUAUAUGUGGAAAAGAUUUUUUGAGGAAACAACAGCUAAUUGUACAUAUAAAACGGGUUCACAACCAACCGGCAAGUUGAGAUGAUGAGAAUAAUACAUGGAAAUGUUUCUUGAUUUAAUAAAUAGGUCGAAAAAAGGAUUUUUUCAAAGUAUGUCAAAUUUUGAAGCCAAUAGGAAUAAAAAUAGAAGUU